AUGUCUCAGCCGGAUUCUCCCACGAAAGAGGAGGCUCAUGUCACACUCUCUUCUGAAAAGGGUCCUGGAAAUGUCGAUGCAGCCUGGAAGUUCCUCGACCAGAACCGAGACGCCGCUGGUGCUUCUCACGAUGUCGACAUUGACAAGAUGAGACGCAAGAUUGAUUGGCACAUUGUACCUCUCAUGUUUUGCUGCUACACAAUGCAAUUCCUCGACAAGGUCAUUCUCAAUUACUCCGCAGUGAUGGGUCUUAACCAAGAUCUCAAUCUUCAAGGGAACGACUUUUCCAACAUCGCAACGUUCCUAUUCGUCGGUCUUCUUUGUUUCGAGAUCCCCAAUAUCUAUUUUCUUCAAAUGGUCCCCGCUGGCAAAUGGCUAGGAGCCAACGUUAUCGCUUGGGGGAUUGCUACCGCCUGUGGAGCCGCUGCACACAAUUACCAGACCCUUCUUGUGUCUCGAAUCUUCCUCGGAAUCUUCGAGGCGACAAUUGGUCCAUCCCUGAUGUUGAUCAGUAGCCAAUGGUACACCAAGUCCGAGCAGGCCCCUCGUUUCUCGUUCUGGUACCUUGGACUCGGCCUGGGUCAGAUCGUCGGUGGACUAGUGUCCUAUGGUUUCCAGCACAUCGCUCCCGGUGGGCAGCUUGCAGGAUGGCGUAUCAUGUUCAUCACCCUUGGCCUAAUCACUGUCGUCAUUGGCUUGGCGACGCUUAUCUUCCUCCCUGAUACACCGAUGAAAGCCAAGUGGCUGACUAGCAGUGAGAAGGUUGCGCUGCUCAAGCACGUCAGUGUCAAUCAGACAGGCAUCCAGAGCCGCAAAUUCCGUCCCAAAGAGAUUGUAGAGGCGCUGUGUGAUCCUCAGUUGUAUCUCAUGCUUCUGUCCGUCGUUCUGCUUUCGGUAUCAUCCGGUGUGGUCACCACCUACUCUGCUACUCUCAUCCGUAACCUUGGCUACACCCCCAAGAAAGCUGCUUUGAUGAACAUGCCUUCGGGUGUUGUCAGCAUCUUCUUCACGUUGACUGUUGGCUUUGGUAUCCGUCAUCAGUCUCAUCGCUGGGCGUGGAUCAUCAUGUGCAUUAUUCCUGCCAUUCUUGGUGGUGCCCUUAUGUCAUUUCUCCCUACUUCGAACAGGGCUGGCUGUCUCGCUGGUAUCUACCUGGUCAAUGCCGUCGUCGCCCCAUUGACUAUCUUUUACAAUUGGACGGCUGCAAACUUCGGAGGUGCUACCAAGAGAGCUUUCGCUGCUGCCAUCGUCAGCGGUUCUUUUUCGCUAGGAAAUAUUAUCGGACCGCAGACAUUCCAAUCAAAGGACGCUCCCGAAUUCCGACCUGCCAAACUAGCUGUCAUGGGUACUCAAGCAGGAUGUGCCCUCACUACCUUUGCGCUAUUCAUGUAUUAUGUCUGGGCAAACAAGAGACGGGAUGAUCGUACCAAGCAGGUUGAAGAUGCAUACAUGUCGCCAGAGGUCUGGUCUACCAUGACGGAUAAGGAAAAUAAGCAUUUCCGAUACACCUAUUAG